AAUCGUAAGCUAGAGAGAAACACGAACACGACUCACACCAACUCACACUGUCAUGUCCUCCCUCGACUCUCAAGUUUUCAAGGUUUCUCUCUGAUGAUACUGGUCUUAAAGGUUAUGUCGUUGUUUAUAUUGUAAUAAUGACUUUGUCGCUAUAAAUUCUGGUGUUAUGUUAUGAGCAAACGACGGCUGCUUCCGAGAAUUUAAACGACUGCAAAUAUCGUACUAUACAAAUCGCGCCUACAUAAAUACGUUUGCAGUAAAUAUAUUUUGAGAACACGAAAUGGAAAUGGAGCAAAAUGUUGCACAAGCUCUACUGACGGAAGGCGCGACCCUGGUUUUGCUGGACGUACCGGUGGGCACUGACGUCGGCAUCGAUAUAAAGUCCUGGAAUGCAGGGCAGAAUUUUAAGGGUAUCAAGAUGAUUCCGCCUGGAAUCCACUUUGUACAUUACAGUGCGGUAAACAAAUUCGGCGAUUCCACGCCUAGAGUUGGUUUCUUCCAUGACUUUCAGAAAAGCGAAUUCUUAGUGAAAAGGUGGGACAAGGACAAGGAAGAUAUCAGCUCAGAAGCAGAUGCACCUGAGGAGGUCGUUCAGAGGCUGAAGGACAAUAUAAAGGAGUUGGACAGGUACUUGGGACCGUAUCCAUACGAGAUAUUGAAACCGUGGACGAAAUUGACGAACGGGAUCACUGCAUCUCUUGUGGCGAGGUGUUCGCCGUUGUGCGGUUACGUGCGAUCCGCUUUGGAGCUGGAGCACUGCAGCGACGCUUCGAGACCACGUGGCGGCGAAUCCGAUAGCAAACGAAGGAGAUCCGGUAGGCUCACGGUGGAGGACAGGGAGGAGCAAUUGCUGCCAGAUCUGAAACCGAGACCUGGCACGGAGCUCAGGCUUACGGAGAUAUCGGACAAGCGUUAUCCCGACGACGCGACUCCGAGCGAGAUAACGCGGCAUUCUCUCGAUUCCAGCUAUGUUUUGGACACCACCCUGAAAAAGUUGCGAGAGCCUAUCGAAAUCAUCGGGGAGAUGCAACUGACGUUCAUCUGCUUCCUAGCUGGUCAGAGCUUGGACGCUUUCGAGCAAUGGAAGAAACUGGUAUCGUUGAUUUGCGACGUGGAUAACGCGAUUCCGCAGUAUCAUUCCAUCUACAUGGAGUUUCUGCAAGCCCUGGAAGUAGAACUGUCGUACGUGCCGGAAGAAGUGCUCUGCGACAUCGUAGCGAGCAACAAUUUCGUGUAUCGUAGUCUGUGCAAUCUAUUCGGUAACAUUGAGUCGAAUUUUGAGGUGGACGGUCGAUUGAAAUCGUACGCGAAACGUUUGCAAAGCAGAUUGACUGCAAAGUUUCUGUGGGACUUUUCGAACUUGCUGGAAGAGAUGGACGAUGAAGCGCCUGUUGUUGUGACUCUGGCAUGAACGUAAAUAAAUAAAUUUUGAAACGUUGGCUUUACAGGUAAAGGUGUAAAGACACUGGCUUUAAAUUUACAAUAAUAUUGUAAAUAAUUGUAAAUGUGUGAAUUAUACCUUCUAAUAUUUUAAGUAUAUCUCUGUCUACAGUUCUCACGUGUCAAUUAUAUUUAAUCUUCAAAUUUUA